AUGGCCAAGCGCAAUAUCCUCCUCAUGGUCGCCGAUGAUCUAGGCAAGCAACUUGGCUGCUACGGCAACACCAAGAUCCAAACCCCAAACCUGGACCAACUAGCCUCCGAAGGAACAAAGUUCGACCAAGCCUUCACAUCAACGGCCUCAUGCAGCGCUAGUCGCUCAGUCAUCUAUACAGGCCUGCACACGCACCAGAACGGCCAGUACGGGCUGCACAAUGGCCGCAAUCACUUCACGACGUUUGACCACGUCGAGACUGCGCCGUCUCUGUUCUCAAAGCAGGGCUAUGCCACUGGCCUGAUUGGGAAGGUCCACGUUGGCCCGGCGGGCGUGUAUCCGUGGGAUAUGCGAGCCGAGAGUGAUAGUCGUGAUGUUGCGGCUGUUGCAGACCAGGCGUCUGCUUUCUUUGAUAAGGCCCGGGAUGAUGGGAAGCCGUUCUUCUUGACUAUUGGUUUCAUCGAUCCGCAUCGGGAUUUAACGCGGUCCGGGUUUGGGAAUGAGGGUAUAUACGAUCCGCGCGUGCAGAAGAUCGAGUACUCGCUUGAUGAUGUGGAGAUUCCGCCUUUUGUUAACGAUCUUCCUGGUGUGCGGUAUGAGUUCGCGGAAUACUAUCAGGCGAUUUCACGUUUGGAUCAGGGUGUUGGUAUGGUGAUGGAGGGGCUGAAGAAGUCCGGGAUGGCGGAUGAUACGCUCAUUAUUUUCCUCAGUGACAACGGGCCUCCUUUCAUCAACUCCAAAACAACGCUGUACGACGCUGGCGUUAGUCUGCCGAUGAUUGUGAAAUGCCCUGGCUCAGCUGCGGGCAUCGUCAACCCUAACAUGGUGUCCUACAUUGAUAUCCUGCCCACCCUUCUCGAUUAUUCCAACCAUCCUAACCCUGAGAAUCCAGCCCGAAUCGGCCGCUCUUUCCUUCCCGUGCUCACUAAGAAAUGUCCCCUCGAAGACUGGGGCCAGGUCUUUGGAUCACACACGUUCCAUGAGAUCACCAAUUACUGGCCCACGCGUAUGGUGCGCAAUCGUCGCUAUAAGUACCACCGCAACAUUGCCUGGAGACUCGACUUCCCCUUUGCGGCCGAUAUCUAUGGCUCGCUUACAUGGGAAGAGAUUCGAAAUGCUGAAACUAGCCCUAAGAUGAUAGGGUCUAGGCCUUUUAAGAAUUACUUCUUCCGUCCUGCGGAAGAACUUUAUGAUAUCCAAGCGGACCCCAAUGAGAUUUGCAAUCUUGCCAAAGAUCCCAAACACCAGGCAGUGCUGGAAGAGAUGAGAGCAGCCAUGGAGCAGUGGCAGCGCAGGACCGAAGAUGCCUGGCUGUAUCGGGAUGGUGUUUCCUUGCUGUUUGUCAAGCAUCAUAUUGAGGCUGGGCUGGAGGUACCGGAUCGAUGGGAUUUUGAUGUUGCCGUGCCGCAGAGUAAAGGGCAAUCUAAUGUUGAGGAUAUUUUGCCAUGGGGAGUUGCCGCCGCAAAGUGA